GCAGCCAUUUGCACUCUGCACCUCCUUCACAGAGGACUCACCUUUCACAAGUUCAAGUGGAGUUUUGAAUUAGAUUGCAUCUCAUGGAGGUCAGGAUCACCUGUGGACUGUGGUUCUUCGCCUUUAUUUUGGGAUGUGGGCGACUAUCGGCGUUCAACCUGGACAGCACGAAUGUCCAGCGGAAGAACGGGGACCCGGGCAGCUACUUCGGCUUCUCUCUCGCCAUGCACUGGCAGCUUGCUCCGGAGGAUAAGAGAAUGCUGCUGGUUGGUGCCCCGAGAGCAAAAGCCUUGAGUGGCCAAAAAUCCAAGGUGACAGGAGGACUGUACAACUGUGACAUGAUAUCCACCUCAACGUCUUGCUCCAGAGUUCAAUUUGAUAACAAUGAGAAAACAAACGAAGAGAGCAAAGAGAACCAGUGGAUGGGAGUGACCGUCAACAGUCAGGGGCCAGGAGGAAAAGUUGUGGUAAGACUGUGUGACUUUUGGGUUGUCCCAGUUCUAGGUAAGCAGCCAGCGGGACAUUUAGUGAUUGAUGGUUCUGUCUGUAGAAGGUCAGGAACAGGAAUCGGCCUUAUCACUGAUAAGAGCGGCGAGGUGAGGCCACCAGGGAAAUAA